AUGCUUGGUGUCGGCCUACCCGGUCCCGGCGUGGGUUUGGUUGGUGGUAGCAUUGGCGGUGCGCUGGGUGGUGGUGGCGCCACAUCACCUACCACAUCCACCGCAUCGGCGGGUAUCGUUGGCUGCGGCAGUGGCAGCAGCAAUGUCAGCCUAAUGGGCAACGUUGCAGGUGGCGUGCAGCUGGGCUCAGCAUGCAGUACACUACCACAUCCACCAUCUUCCGCAGCUGCGGCUGCCGCUGUAUCCAACGCUUUGGCAGCUGCAUCGGCAACAUGUGGUGCAGUGGGCAGUGCAACGGCGAAUUUGAAUCGAAAUUUGGUAAUAUUAAGAAAUCAUUUGAGGAAAAAUACGAACACAAUGCCAGCAGUAGCAUUAGCGCCAGCGUCGGCAACUACAACACCUAUGACAACGAGUAUAGUUGCAUUCAACGAUGUCACACCCACCAACACCAACACAAAUACACUCAAUAGCACACACACUAACAAUAUGAAUACAAAUUUGGAUAGCGAUCAAUAGCCCAGCGGUAAAUUGAGUGAAUGCAAAAAUGGAUUUUUUAAUUUAGUUCGGAAAUUGCGUUAUAUUAAUUAAGUGGAAAAAGUAGAAAAAAUUAAGAAAAAUAUAUAAUUGAAUUGAAAAAAUAAAGCACUAUAAUGUUUAUUUAGCUGUACAUAUAUUUAUGUUAUAUGUAUGUAAAUUGCUGUGAUGAUGCGUUCGAAUGAGCUUCAGUUCAAAUGUACAGUAAGUUAAAAAAAUGUAACGUAAAAUGUAUCUGUGUACCACCACAUAUUCAUUUCGAACAUCGCAUACACACUACACCUAUGCAUAGGCACAUUGCAUACACAAACUACAACGCUUUGAUAAAAAAAAUGUAUUUAAUACGAAUAUUUUGUAUUUGUAAUUUCAGUACUUCCUCAGGUGAUGGCAUUUAAUAAAUAGCAAUUAAUUAUUGUAUAUUUUUAACAGCAGCUUUUAUGCAUAUAUAAAUUCAGAGAACAACACAAACAACAAUAACAAAUGAGAAAGUUAAUUUAACCAUUUUUAUUAAAAACAAAACCGAAAAAAAAAAAAAUUAUAAAAAAUUUAAAAAGUUAGCAUUGCAUUUACAAUCCACUUUCAAACACACUCGUAUGUGGUAUAGCAUUUAUAUAUUAUUGUAUAAUACAUAUACAUGUGUGUGUACACUUGGUGGUCAAAUGAAAAAUGAACUACACUCACACACACACACACACACACACACACACGCACGCACUCGCGCAUAAAUACAUUAACAUAAUAAAAACGUGAUAUUUCAAUACGUCCAUGACUUUGUUUUGCGAUUCAUCGUUACAUACAUACAUAUUAGUUGUAUCUGUACUUUAUUAGUAUUAAAAGCGUUUUUUUAUACUUAAAUUGCAUUUAAGUUAAUUUUAUUACUGUUGAAGUUUUUCAAUUCUUAUUUUGCUUUUUCUUUGAGAACUGCCACCAAACUACAGAACCAGCUUUUGACUCAUUUCAAUGUCGUUCAACUUGUUAUUCCUGCCAAUUGCUUUACAAAUAUGUGUAUGAAAAUAUAUGAAAAUGAACAAGAACUGAAAUUCAUAUGAGAAUAUAGGGCCCUCCAAUUACGGCGACAAAAAGAUAGAUCAAGUGUUUUCGCCACUCGACAAACCUCCACGAUUAUUUAUGCAACGAAGAGGCUUCUCAUAAAACAUAUCUGUCCGACGCAUGCUGGCAUAUACAUACAGGAUUUGAUUGAAAAGUAACGAGUCUUAUUUUUUUUAAGCAGUUUUAUUAAACCUUUUGGCUUAUACAACUAAUAUUCUUCAAAAUAGGACCCUUGAGCGUCAAUACACUGCUGGUAGCGGUCCUUCCACUGCAGGAAACAUUUUUUAAACUCAUCCGCCGGAAUCGCGUUCAAUUCGGCUGUCACAGUUUUUUGGAUUGCCUCGAUGGAGUCAAAACGCCUCCCCUUCAGCUUUCUUUUCAGGCACGGCAACAAGAAGAAGUGCGGAGGGGACAGGUCUAGGCUGUAGGGAGGGUGGGGACGCACCGGAACCCCCAUCUUGGCCAAUGCAGAGGUGCAGAGGAAGGCGGUGUGCGCCGGCGCAUUGUCGUGAUUAAGGGUCCAAUUGGCACACACUUAGCGCAUUUCAAGUUUUCCGGUCACGAUUUCCCGCACAUUGUAAUUAGUUAAAUUUAACUCUUCACUGAUCUCACGUAGACUAGCACGACGGUCAAUGUUCAAAAAUUCAAGAACCCGGUUCAUAUCUUCGUCUGUUUGCGUCGUCGAAGGCCUUCCAGAUCGCUGUUCGUCUUCGACGUCCUCCCGACUUGUGCCACCGUUUUACCUGGGCACUGGACAGAGAUUGGUCCCCGUAAGCCUCCUUGAGUAGCCCAAUGGUUUCUGUACUGGUUUUGUUUAGCCUUACGCAAAAUUUGAUCGAGUAACGUUGCUCCAACGAUCACUGCAUUUUCGCCACUGCAAAAUCCUAACACACUUUUAAAACAGCUUUCACGCGUGGAGCGAUGUUGACUGCCCCGCUGUUGCCAGCGAACUGGGACCGGUUUCUUGUGGAAGGGGAAGGACUAACGAUCAUUUUCCCCCACCAGCCGAUUCGGUUGAUCGCUUGGCAGACGCUCUGCGCGGGAAGGCUCAUUACUUUUCAGUCAAACCCUGUACAGCUAAGAAGUCCAGUUUCCACGAUUCUACACCUUUUCCUUGAGUCCAUCAGAAAUCAUCAAAUGCACUUCAGAAUGGUCGAAUGUACUUCAGAAGCCUUCAAAUGAAUUUCAGAGUGAACCGUAAAAUGUAUUUCCGAGCAGUCAAUUGAGCAUCUGAAAUCAUAAAAUGUGUUUAAGAAUAGGCAAAUGUUCAUCAGAAACCGCAAAAUGUAUUUCUGAAUAGUCAAUAGUACUUCAGAAGCAAUGAAAUGAGUUCCAGAACCCAUAAAAGGAAUUUCAUAAAUCGUAAAAUGUAUUUCAGAAACCAAAAAAUGUACUUCAGGAUAGUAAAGUCUACUUUAAAAGUUUUUAAAUAAAUUUCAGAAUAGUCAGUUAUACAUAUUUCGGAAAUUGUAAAAUGUAUUUCCGAGCAGUCAAUUUUACAUCAGAAGCAGUAAAAUGUAUUUCAGAGUAAUCAAGGUGUACUCCAGAAACCGUAAAAUGUAUUUCAGAAUAGUCAGUAGUACUUCGGAAAUCCAAAUGUGUAUUUUAAAACAGUCAAUUGUGAUUCAGAAACCG